UUGCACGCCUUGUUCUACGACCUUUUUUCCUCUAAAUUCUCGGUGAACGUGCGUACACCUCUAGAGAGGGAGGACAAAGACGGAGGGAGAAAAGCUCUCUCUCUCUGGCAUUUUUUCUCUUAGACGCCCGACCCGCAAACCAUUGGCUUCCCGAUCCGUCUGACCAGGGUUUUCGCUGCAAAUAUAUGCGCCAAAAUUGAACUGCAACCUUUUUUGCGAGCUCUGUCAAGAGAGAGAGUUAUUUCGGGCGUGAAAACGGUGAGGUUUUGUGAAGAUGUGGGUUUUCUACCUCAUCUCUCUACCUCUGACCCUUGGAAUGGUAUCUGUGACGCUCAAGUAUUUUGCGAGCCCUGAUGUUCCUCGCUAUGUGCUCUUCACGGUCGGUUAUGCGUGGUUUUGCUCUCUUUCGAUCAUCAUCCUUGUGCCAGCCGAUAUUUGGACGACAAUAAUUGGCCAUGACAAAGGUGGGAUUGCCUUCUUUUGGAGCUGGUCUUAUUGGAGCACAUUUGCACUUACUUGGGCUGUGGUGCCUACUAUUCAGGGCUAUGAAGAUGCAGGGGACUUCACACUUAAAGAAAAACUAAGGACUAGUAUACAUGGGAAUUUAGUUUUCUAUCUUAGUGUCGGAUUUAUUGGCCUCUUUGGGCUAAUUCUCCUAAUAAUCAUGCACAAAAAUUGGAGUGGUGGUGUUGUUGGCUUGGCCAUGGCAUGCUCGAAUACUUUUGGUCUUGUCACAGGCGCUUUUUUACUUGGCUUUGGUUUGAGCGAAAUCCCAAAAAGCAUUUGGAAGAAUGCAGAUUGGAGCAAUCGGCAAAAAGUUCUCUCGCACCGGGUUGCUAAAAUGGCAGUAAAACUUGAUGAUGCUCAUCAAGAAUUGUCUAACGCAAUUGUUAUUGCACAAGCAACAUCUAAUCAGAUGUCCAAGCGUGAUCCUCUGCGGCCCUACAUGGAUGUUAUUGACAACAUGUUGGUUGAGAUGUUUAGACAAGAUCCAGGCUUUAAGCCGUCGGGAGGAAGAUUAGGAGAGAAUGAUAUGGACUAUGAUGCAGAUGAGAAAUCAAUGGCUACCCUUAGACGGCAACUAAGGAUAGCUCGUGAAGAAUAUUAUAGAUACAGAAGUGAGUAUAUGACCUAUGUCACUGAGGCCCUCGAGCUUGAAGACACAAUUAAAAAUUAUGAACGUGGAAGUUCGACAGAAUGGAAAUAUAUUUCAAGUUUCCGACCCAGUCGGACUGGGACCCUUGCUCCCAUCUUAGAUACGAUGGAAUGGGUAUGGCGUUGUGUUCUUAGAAAGCAGCUGGAGAAAUUCUUGGCUAUCAUUCUCGGUUGCAUGUCAGCUGCCAUUCUUCUAGCUGAGGCUACACUUUUGCCCAGUGGAGUCGAUCUAUCACUUUUUUCCAUUCUAAUUAAGGCAGUUGGGGAGCAAGAGAUGCUUGUACAGGUUACUGCUUUCGUCCCUUUGAUGUACAUGUGCAUUUGUACAUAUUAUUCGUUGUUCAAGAUUGGGAUGCUGAUGUUCUACUCUUUGACUCCGAGGCAAACGAGUUCUGUGAGUUUGCUAAUGAUAUGCUCGAUGGUUGCUCGAUAUGCACCUCCAAUAUCUUACAACUUUCUCAAUUUCAUUCGACUUGAUGGGAAGAAAACUACCUUUGAAAAGAGGAUGGGAAACAUCGAUGAUGCCGUCCCGUUCUUUGGGAAGGGAUUUAACAAGAUAUAUCCGCUUAUUAUGGUUGUCUACACUUUGUUAGUGGCAAGCAAUUUCUUUGAUCGGGUGUUCAAUUUUUUUGGGAGCUGGAAAAGGUUUAGGUUCCAAAAUGAGGCUGAUGAUAUGGAUGGAUUUGAUCCUUCAGGAAUUAUUAUCCUGCAGAAAGAGCGUUCCUGGCUUGAACAAGGGAGUAAUGUUGGGGAGCAUGUAAUCCCGCUAGCUAGAAAUUUCAACAAUAUGAGUAUUGAGAUUGACUCUGAGAGUAUGCCUGGGAAACUGUUCAAAAAUGAAAAUGGGGCUCCUGAGAAAAAUACUUUUGAAAUGAAAUCUACAACAGCUACCAUGUUCAAAGAGGAUGGGAGAGGAAACCACUUCAAGACUUUGAAAGACGAGAAUCGAAAUUACACCAACAGCAGAGAAAGCAUCGAAAGCAAGUAUGCUGCAUUUAGAGAACAUCAAGCCAGAAAAUCUUCCACUUCAGGAUCCCAAGACAAAGGCAAAUCAUCUGGUACCGUCUCUUUACUUCAGGCUAGCAACUCGCACGACGAGUUCGGGUCUGGGAAUUCAUUGAACAAUUUAUCUGGUAUUUCAACAUGGGCUUCGAUGAAGACAAGUUUUCAGAGUUUUAGGGCCAAUAUAGGAGCCAAGAAGUUUUUGCCCCUCCGUCAGGUUCAGGAGACCAGACCUGCUUCAAGAGUUUCUUCUUCCGAGUCCUUGGAUGAAAUUUUUGAGAGAUUGAAGCAGCUUCCUGAAAGACACAGAUAUGAUGAUCAUGCUGACAAUGAUGUUAUGGACAUAAGGAUAUCGGGGUCAACCAGAUGAUGCCCUAUUUCUUUGAACUGUGGAAAAGCAAUAACGUUGUGUGCAUCAUGGGUGUUUCUGGUUCCUCCAUGUCCAUCAAUAGGAAUGGAUGGAAGAUGCAAAGUAAAAUCAGAUAGCAUUCCUUCGUAAGGCUACAUCAUGUGUACAGGAUAUCACAAAGUAGGUGGGUCUUUUGUUUCGCAUCCCAUUGUGCGUAAUAGUUGGUGAUAGUUCAUUAGAACACUAGGGGAAUUACACAGGAAGGCAACUCAUGAGCGAGAGAGAGAGAGAGAGAGAGAGAGAGAGAGU